UUGUGUACUGUGCAUUCCGCGUAGUAUCAAUACUAUUUUUGGGUUUUCGAGAACUUCGGAUGGCGAAGGGUCUUAUUAAUUGGGGAGAAGUAAAAAAGCAUCAGUCAUUGAAAGACCGUUGGAUUGUUAUUGACAACAAGGUUUAUGACGUGUCAAGUUGGCAGAAUAGACAUCCGGGGGGUCGCAAAGUUAUCGGUCACUACGCCGGUCAAGACGCAACAGGUGCGUUCAUUGCAUUUCACAAAAACCGUCAGUAUGCUGAAAAGUUUUUGAGUGCAUACUACGUCGGAGAUUUGGACCAAGAUUGUCCAGAAGACAAAGAUAUAAAUUCCAAAAUUAAGGAGUACCACGAGGAUCUAGAAGGUGUACGUAAUAUCCUAGUUCAGCAGGGACUAUUUGAUGGUAGCAAACUCUUCUUUGGUACAAUGAUGCUUCAAAUUUUUGUGCUCGAAUUACUGGCAUAUUUAAACUUGGCAUAUUUUGGAACCAGCUGGUGGCGAAUUAUGUUAUCAGUUAUACUGUAUUCAAUAUCUCAAGGUCAAGCAAGUUGGCUGCAACACGACUUAGGACAUCUAUCGGUAUUUGAGAGUACGCGAAUAAAUCAUAUUUUCCAUGAAAUUAUCCUUGGUUUAACUAAGGGAGCUUCUUGCCAUUGGUGGAAUCACAUGCAUUCUCAACAUCAUGCUAAACCGAACGUGAUUGAUAAAGAUCCAGAUACCCGACUAGAACCAAUUUUUGUUGUUGGUGAUAACGUGCUUAGAAGAGCAGCUAGUCCUGAAAGUAAAUGGACGUGGCAUUUUCCUUAUGAACACCAGCAUAAAUAUUUUUUCCUAAUUGGUCCCCCUCUAUUAUUUCCUGUUUAUUUCCAAAUCAUGUCCUUCCGUCAUAUGUGGAUUCACAAAAGAAUAGAGGAUUUUCUGUACGUCAUGGGAUUUUGCGUAAAGUUACUCUCUCUUUAUUAUUCAUUGCUUGGAUUCUGGGGAACUUUGGGCUAUUUUUUUGUUGUAAGAGUCAUAGAAAGUCACUGGUUCACUUGGGUUAGUCAGUCAAACCAUUUGGCUAUGCCAGUAGAUUAUGAUCGAGCUGAACCAUGGUUUCGUUUACAGCUAAAUGGAACAUGCAAUGUUGAAAAUUCACUAUUCAAUGACUGGUUUACAGGACAUUUGAAUUUCCAGAUAGAACAUCACCUAUUUCCAACUAUGCCAAGACAUAAUUAUCAUCUAGUAAGGCCUUAUGUAAAAGCUUUAUGUGAAAAGUAUAACCUUCCCUAUCGCGUUAAGCCGAUUGGAAUAGCCUUUAAAGAUGUUUUCAAAAUAUUGAAAUCAAGUGCAGAAUCAUGGAAAAAAGUAAAAUGUGAAAAAGAAAAAUGUAUGAAAAAACUUCUUGAUGAAUAAAUGAAUAUCUUUAUUAUCAUGUUAUUUACAUAUUUCAUAAUGUAUUGUUUCUAAUUAAAAUUGAGCUAAAAAAAAAUACAUGUUCAUAUAUGAAUGUAUUGAUCUUAAUUCAUAACUAAUGAUUGUUAAAGUGUUUUUCUACAUAAAUAAACAUCGACAUAAUUUUCUUUUGGUAAUGAUAUUUGUUUAUUUUAAAAAAAAAGGUAUUACUUGUUUGUUAAUUGAAAGUGUUCUUCUUAGUUACAGAAUAAAUGCUUAUUCGUACAGCGGUAACAUCGUAUGGAUUUUUUUAUUGCAGGAAAUAAAUUCCAAUAGGUUGCAUGAACUUAAUCUAUGAUUCUUUUUCUUCUUAAUUCUCACUAUGUAUUUUUAUAAUUGUGGAAAACAUAGUACUUAUUUAUUCAAUUUUCGUUUUAUUAGUUAUUGUGUGUUUAAGUCCUAAAAAAAUGAAACGUGCAUCGUUUAUGUAUUUAAACAGUGACGUCAUCUUAUUAUCGUUACUUUGCCUUUAACAUCAUGUCUCAUUUAGAAAUAUUACUGAGUAUUGUAAGUAAAUCAAAUUUGGAAUAACCAUUACCAAAUUGAGCCCAGGUGGUCUGGACAAGAAAGUACACAUACUGACAAUGUAAGCGAAAUGUAGAAAUAAUGAAAGACAAGACUCGUUUCUCAAUUCUAUUCGACUAACCGUAUAGUUAAGAAAAAGUGAAUAAUAAUAUUAACACAGAAUUAAUUGUAAUAAUACCAUAAUAAAAUACCUAUUAUGAAAUUUUCGGCGUUUAAUUUCGUCAUUUCUCUCGUAAGUAUACACAACUUAAAUAACCUAUACACUAGAUGAUUUGUUUACAGAAAGAGAUAGUACUUUCAAGUAAUAGAUACUAAAAACUAAAUUUUCAGAACUCUUCACGAUACUAAACCAGUUAUCUAAAUUAAAUAGUUUGUUAGAAAUUAAACAGAUUCUGUACACACCAUUUGUUGCGAAAUUUCCUAACACAACAGUAUAAGCGCGUUAUAUUGAACGUGUUGUUCUUUUAAUAUGGAAAAGAUAGAUUGAAUGUGGUUAGUAAUUGCAUCCAGGACGCACGCUUCGUCUUAUUCGGGACUCCUCAGCUGGAUAAAGCAGGUUGACGUUCAUUCCGAAACUCGAACCCGGUACAUCUCACUCCAAACUUUAUCACUCCAUCCACUUAGCUACUGAGUCCGAAAAUCCACUGACUUGUGCAAAAGGUAUGAGACUCAACUUAAUAUGAAACGUCUUGGAUUACGUUCUUUUUAAACUAAAUAAGUGCAUCUAACAAAAUCUUAUCUGCAUAAAUAGGAGUCGGAAUUCAGGGACUGAAGUCACAGUUGCUAUGUACGAAGAAACUCUCAAGGUAAUUGUUUGACAAUUUUGUCCACAAAUGAACGACAAAUUUGACGAAGAAUAUGUGGUUCCAGGCAAGUAUUUCGUAAAUGAACUGUAGGAAACUAUCAACGGACAAACAGUGACUUUUCAAAACAAACUGAGAAUAUUCCUAAUAUUCUAUGAAUGAGGAAAACUAUGAGAGUGAAAUUUAAUACUUAAUCAGACUAUUCCUAACAGAUCAUGUAUAUUAAACAAGCUACUAACCUAUAUUGAUUCUCAGUUUUAGAUGAAAAUGUAGCAGUUAAAUUAGUCGGAAAUAUUACAGAAUACUCAUAACAAGAAUCUUUGGAAAGGCCAUUUUUUGGUGUGAAUUCAUAGCUACAAAGCAGUUAAGUUAACCAAAGAAAUAACGCCUUUUAAAAAUUGGGCAUUUAGGCAAGAAGCUAGAUAACUACACUAAAUAUGUAUCACCAUCACUUCUAGUGUCAUUAGUGCGCUCUUCUUUAUUCUGCAAAUUCGUACAAGCUUUUUUUAUGUUAUCCUUUGAAGAUGAAAUUAAAAUAUUACUCCCAAAGAAAUUUUUGAUUCAUGAUCACUUAGAAUUAAGGCGUCAUUAUCGUCAUCAAAAAUUCUUCAUUACUCUGUUUCGUCAUUGUCCCUACCUAAGAUCUAUCACUAUUAAGAAAAUUAUGAGCUUCUUGUUUAAAUUCUGAAAUGAAAUCUUUAAAACCAUUCGGUCACUCAGUAAGCUAUCCCUAAAUAGUAGAAUGUACUAGUAAUAAGUUUUUUAGCUCACACAUGAAACUAUCAACCUGACCAACUCUUAUUAGGAGAGUUUGAAUUCUGAUGAUACUAGGUGAUAAUAACGAACGCUAAAAUCAUAAAUCCAUAUCAAUGGAUAUAAAGUGACUAGACUGCCCUAGAAAUCAGUACUCCGAUCUCAGUGGAUUAAGGUGGGUACACAACGAAUUCCAAAAUUAAUUAAACAAAACCCCAACUCUUUAUUUUUGUAAGCAUCAUUUACAAACCUUCAAAUAAGAAUCAAAUGAUCGGUCUAACGAAAUAUCUGAUUUACAAGUAUUCAUGAAGUAAAUUAAUAUUACACGCGUUAAUAAAAAAAACAUAACUGUCAGAACUUUUAGCAUAACUUAACACAAUUCUCAACAUACUUUAAAUUCUCACUAGCCUUACACAAUUUUCCAAAUACGCACAGCUUGUAAACGUAAUACAACCUUCAAUGUUAUGUGUCCAUAUUAAUCCAAAGUUAUCGUUUAUAUUGUACAUCUUAGUAUUGUAAUCCUUAGUAAAAUAUUACAGUGAUUAUUCAUUUAACAGUUAAAUUCAUGAGUCCAUUAAAACUAGAUCACCAUGAAAAACCUGGAACCACUGGAUGGUCGUUUUGUCCCAACAUGGGACUCCUUAGCAGCGCACACCCACGAUGUCGCACUCGAGAUUCAAACCUACGACCUUCGAUCACACGCGCGGGCGCCUAACAUCUAGACCACUGAGCCGACUGGCAUCCAACGGUGCUAAUGUCUAGCUUCAAUCAAUCCACUGGUCACGGCUUCUCA